AUGGCCACUUCACCAGACUACAAUUGGCCAACAGCCCCAUCGCUCGCGCGCCCCCGAUCUCGAUUGACGACCAGCAGCCUCUCCAACGCCAUGGGAGAUACCCACAUUUCUUCCCAUUCCCGUGCGGCGCCCUCGCCUACGUCUGGCGAUCAAGACUACCUAUCCAUCCCAACGGACAUGACUUGGGUACCUAGUCAACAAUCACAACAGAUUGAUCCCAUGCAUCAUGAUGUGUAUCCUGGUGUCGCAGGUCUCAACAUCCCUCCUUAUCCCUCUGAAGCCUCUCCACAAUACAUUAGCUACCCAUCUCCCUACCGUAACCAUUCUCCCGAAUCGCUGUCGCCCCAGUCGCCCCCAUUCACGCCCCCGUCCACCAACUACGACCUCACCUUUCCGAUGACCUCCCAAGCAGCAAUGCACCAAUCGGGGACCCCCAUUCGCACGCCACAUGAUGCCGAGGCAGAGAUCCAAAACCUCCGCAGAAAGGUGCACGAAUUGCAGAUGCGCAAACAGCAGGCUGAGCAGCGCUCCAGGGAGCUGGAGGCUCAAGUCCAGCAACUCGUAUAUGCACCUCGAUCGUCCGGCUCGUCUGUUCUCCACGGCCUGCCCUCUCCCGUCACCACCCCCGCACCAUCUGUAUCCUUCCAGAGAUCCUGGGAAGCCCGAACCCAGGCUCGUAUCCGCAUGUUCUGUUCGCUUAAUCGCGCCGGCAACGCUCUUUGUGCCUGGCACGACUCGCGACGGGAGAGACGCGCAUUCCCCCCGCGCAUGGCUCCUCCCGGAUUCCUCAACUGCGGAUGCACCUACGAGGAAGCACUGUUUGAAGAGUCUCUAUCUCGCCAUGAGGUGGGGAGUUACCACCCAGGGGAGAACGUGCGCAUGGAUCCUGCCUUGCGCAAGCCUCUCUUGAAGCUCCUUCAACAGCGUUACGGCUACAGAGAUGGCGAUUUCGAACGGGACCCCGUCACGGGGGACUGGCUCGAGGGAGAAGGUCACUCCUACUGGGAACAGAAAGCCCAGGUUGGACCCUCCAGCUCUCGGAAACGAACUGCCUAA